UUAGAUAACCAACCACCAUUUAUUACCUCAGAAUUUUAAACAGUCUCUCACUGCCAUUGCCUUACGCCUUGGCUUCUCUCCAGCCCUCACCAACUCAACUAUUUAGUCAUUACUACACUCCACUCCGCAUUACCCUGCCUGGUUGGAGAUGUCACCAAACUCCUUGCCUUGGCUUCUGUUAGUCCCGCUCUUUCUUCAUCUCGCUGAGAUCACUGCCAAAGUUCCGGCAAUCAUCAUCUUCGGGGACUCAUCGGUCGACACCGGUAACAACAACUACAUACCGACCAUCGCAAGGAGCAACUUCAAGCCUUACGGCCGUGACUUCAUCGGCGGUCAGCCCACCGGUCGAUUCUGCAAUGGGCGGCUUGCGACCGACUUCAUCUCAGAAGCCUUCGGGCUCCCGCCGACCGUACCGGCCUACCUCGACCCAACAUAUGGCAUCAAGGACUUCGCCGCCGGUGUCUGCUUCGCCUCCGCCGGUAGUGGCUACGACAACGCCACAUCUGAUGUGCUAUCCGUCAUACCUCUAUGGAAGGAAUUGGAGUACUUCAAAGAAUUCUGUGGGAAGUUGAAGGCUUACCAAGGGGAAGCCAAGGCCCAACAGACACUGAGAGAGUCUCUAUAUAUUAUAAGCUUGGGGACCAAUGAUUUCCUGGAGAACUACUACACGGUACCCGGUGGCCGAGGGUCGCAGUAUACCGUGGAGGAGUACCAGGACUUCCUAAUUGGCAUUGCCGAAGGUUUCCUCAGAGAAAUAUACCAGUCUGGUGCUCGCAAAGUAGACGUCACCGGCAUUCUUCCGAUGGGGUGUUUACCGCUGGAACGAGUCACCAGUCCGACGAUGGGGGCUUGCAACGAAUUAUACAACAAGGUGGCCUGGAAUUUUAACAGCAAGCUGCAGUGCUUGAUCAAAAAGCUCAACGGAGAACUGCAUGGUGUCACGAUCGUAUACAGUGAUGUCUACCAACUUUUUUUGGAUGUCCUCCAGAAGCCAUUGACAUAUGGUGAGUUCCAGCAAAAUCUGCCCUAUACUUUUCCGGUAACGCAUAAUAUUUAAUGAUAGAUCAUCACAUAAAUGCCAACAUUGGAGGCGUUGGCAUCAGACAUUGGACUGUGGUCCAUCUCCAACAUGAAUACUGUCACGUAUUAUAGAUGGCAAUA